AGCGUUACCAAGACGGGGAUCUGGUGCGUGUAUUGUUUCUUUGGCUAGGUCGCAUUUCCCUAUCUCUCUGAUGAAUCGCGACAGAGCGACUCGGAGAAGAGCUUCGUGAGCUCGCUGAUGCAGAUGACUCAAUCGGUGCACGAACAGGAUAUGGUUGACAAGGAGAACGAGCUUCGACGUCGCGAGAACAUGAUUGUGACACAACAGAAGCGGAUCGAUACGCUGGAAUCAACGCUGGCACGAUUGUUGAAGGAACGCGGACGGGGGGACGCGCCCAAGUCGAUGGUAGAUCUAAGUUUGUGGAUGUCGUCAUCCAGUCCUUACGAAAAGCUACCUUCUGACCAGGAUGCCACGAAAGCAAAGCCAGCCAAGCCGAUUCUCAAGCCGACCUCGCGCAAGUCUGAAUUCGACGGUGUCAAUACUUCGGAGCUUUCAGAAAUUGAAGACGAACAUGGCGACGAUGACAAGCCUGUCACUGCACUCGGCAAGCGAAGUCGCUUGCCCGAAGACUCAGGUCGACCAUCGCGGCGUUUGAGACAGACGAAUUCCCGGAUUUCGGAUAUCUCGGACCCGCCCAGCGCGCCCGCCCCCAGUCGCAAGUCUGAAGCGGCGAGGAAGGCUGGCAAACAUGCGCAUAACCAUUCUCCGGAGCCGGUCAAGUCGAAGCAACGGAAACGUAGAUAGACGUUGAUUCGGUGGGCUUUCAUGUUUGCCGGGUACGUGCGUGUAAUGCCAAGUCUUCAUAGCAUAUCCUCUUUACUGCCUGAAUCUGUCAUGUCAGUCAUACAUACGCACCAAUCCUUACUUAUACUUUAGAUGUAAGAUCACGUGAAAACCAUCUCACGUCUCGGCCGAACCGAAAACGACCGAAGGCUCUCAUUAUACCACGAUAUAAGUCGACGCGUCUGGCUCUUAAUGCCGCAUUCACCAGAACAACAGCUCUCCCAUGACUGAAAAAUCCGUCUCCGACGCGUACGACGCCCAAGGCUGGUCCGCUCCACUAUACAAUAAAGCCGCCGCGUUCGUGUACUCUCAGGCGUUCACUGCCCCUGUGCUCGAUAUGCUCGCUGCACAGCCUGGGGAGAAGAUCGUCGACCUCGGGUGUGGGAGCGGAGAGAUCACCCUUGAGCUCGAGAAUGUCGUGCAUCAGGCGCCCGGUGGGCUUGUCGUGGGUGUCGAUUUCAGCGAGAGUAUGAUCGCACAAGCGAAGAAAAUCGGGGUCAAACACGCCUUUGUCGCGGAUAUCCAGGCGCUCGAAUCGAGUCAGCUCGACGAGUUGGCUGGCAACGACUUGAAGUUCGACGCUGCCUUCAGCAACGCUGCGCUCCACUGGUGCAAGCGUGACCCGUCAGGUGUACUCGAAUCAGUCAAGAAGGUGCUGAAACCCGGAGGGCGAUUCGUCGCUGAGAUGGGCGGCUUCUUGAAUUGCAUUGGCAUUCGCAGUGCGCUACAUGCAGCUCUGAGAAAGCGCGGCCAGGAUCCCAUCGUUGCUGAUCCCUGGUUCUUCCCGUCGGUCGAGGAUUACUCCCAGAUGCUGACUGCGGCCUCGUUCGAGAUCCAACAGAUCACACUCGUAGCUCGGGUGACACCGCUGCCCGAGGGCGUCAAGGGCUGGCUAGAAUGCUUCGCGCGCACGAGCUUUCUCGGCGCGUUCUCCGACGCCCAAGCGGCGGAAAUCAUCGACGAGGUUGUGGACGCUUUGCGCAUGGACUGCCAGGAUGCGGCUGGCAACUGGGCGAUGAUGUACUCUCGCCUGCGGUUCUGUGCGAUCUGGAAACCCUGAUUGGUGUCUUUUGUGUGCGUAGGGACUGGAUGUAGACUCCGACAUCGAAUCAAGACUCUUGUCCUUUCCUGGCGAGCCGGCGCCGAGCAUAGGUCCAGUCCCCCCGCACAAAUCGAACACUGUCCCAAAGUUUCACGUAAUCAUGAUUCAGGGCCGAACACUCGGGAUCUGAGGGCCUGAUUUGUCGCGGCGUGAGAUGAGAGACCUGAUGAGUCGCAGUCUCAGAGAAUAGCUGCAUGAUCUUCACAGGCUCCUGUCUGCUUGUUUGGUGUGCAUCGGUGUACACCCAGCUGAUAGUCCAAUGCUGAGCCGAUCCCACAGAAUAUCUCUGAUCUCUCUUGCUUGUGUGUCGAUGAGUUAACUCGAGGAGCAAGUUAGGAGAAUCAUGAGUUUGUCGGAGUCGUCCAGUCAUCUGCCGGACGCAGACCAGUUCUUCGCGUCAAGAUCCUGAUACCGCAACAGCCGUAGGAUCGAUCCACUAGCGAGGCUGGUGCAUUGUGAGUCUGCGCGAUAUUCCGUGUUGUAUCGUUCAAAGACCUGUCUCGUAAUCAGUAGACUGCAGGGUUCUGUAACUGGAUAGGAAGUGCUUGAGUCAACGAA